AUGAAAAGGUUCACGAGGAAGAACAACUUCCAAGAUCAUAUAAGAUCAUCAAACCGAAGGCAAUACGAAAGAUCUCCUCAAUCAUCAAAGCAAGAGACGGUGGAUGCACAAGUGCUAUGCUAUAAUUGUCGAAAACCAGGACAUUUCAAGGCAAAUUGUCCUCAUCCCAUAGUCCGCAAAUAUCAGGACCAUGAUACAAGCACAAGCUCACCAAAAGAAGCUAUUGAAUCUAGUAAGAGAAGUGGAAAACAAGAGUUAACAAACUCUCAACACGAGAGAAGAAGAAAUGCAAUGGUGGUAAAUGAACCAGCUGGAGAAGAACUACCCGAAACAAGCACUUCAAGCUCAAGUUCAGAGAGCGAAAGUUCGGGGGAUGAGAAAGGUCUUCUAUGUCUAUUCAGUAAGGAAGAAGAAGCAGACGAUUUGUGCUUAAUGGCGAAUGAUGAUGAGGUAAACUCUCAAACCUCCUCAUCUACUCAAAUAGAGAUUAGUUCUGAAAAUGAAAGAAAUCCAAAUGAAACUAUCUUUGAGAUGAUGAUGGAUUUCAAGGUAAUUAAAAACACAUACUCCAAAUUAAAAGAAGAGAACUCUCGACUAUUGACCAGCGACGAUGAGCUAAGGCGAGUUAAAAUUGACAACAUUAAGCUAGCCAUCGCAAAAGAUCAGCUCGAGAAGCAAGUUCUUCUUUUCAAGGAGCAGUGUACAGAAAGAGAGUUGCGCGAGCAACAUCUAUGUGAGGUUCUUGAUUCGUUUAACAAAUCAUCCAAUCUAAUGGAUCAACUAGUAAAUGGAUUGAAACCGCCAGGGGAAAGAACCGGAAUUGGUUAUGACCUCAGCUCCCCUUCACAUAUCUUGUUGAACAAAUCCACAGACAUUUACUCACAUGAAAGUUUUAAGUCUGCAUUUGUUCAAGGCCCUACCCAAAUGUAUGAGCCAAUGAUAAAGAUUAAAAAUCGUGAUCAACCACAAUCAACAAGCCAAUCGAAAGGAAAUGUUGUACAACGGAUUGUGGAACCUCGGAAUGGAAAUUACUUGAAAGGUAAUCCUAGGCAUAAUACUAAUGUUAAAAGGAAUGGACCGAAAGGAAAUAGACCCAGUCUAUACUAUCAAAAAGGUCAGCCUACAAGAAAGGAUCCACGAACGUAA